CCCUGGCUCAUACAUACUCUCGGACAAGCAUAGACAUCGUCCACAGACACUAAGCGGAUACAGUUUCAGGGGGCCAUGUCGGCAACACCCAAGAUGUACAAUCAUCCGUCGAGAGGGUUGAUGCUUCGACCAGGUCAAGCAUGCGACGAAUGCAGGGCUAUCAAGGGACGAUGCGUCAGGACUCCCACCGCCGGUCCCAGCAACAUUGGAGCGACAAGACCUGCUUGUAAUCGCUGCCUCCGUAUGGGAACCGCCUGCAUCGUCUCCCAGGGUAGCCGUGCGAGACGAGCACCGGUAUCGAAUACGUCUAGCAUCGCUCGUGAAUCUCGCAGCGUAGAAAGGCUGCGAGAAGGUAUAGAUAACGUCCCGCACAUCCAGGCUUUCGAUUCUCGUCCUUCCUCUACAAAAACGAUAAACACAUCCUCAGGUCGAUCACAAAGCCAAAAUCAUACCGACUCGGACUACCGGCCUUACGAACAACCUCACCUACAUCAACUGGAUAUCGAUGCUCAUCUUGACCCUGGAGCUCAUCCCCCCGAAUCUGAUCACAAUAACAACAACAACAACUCAAACCUAGCUAUAAAGACUUUUGCGGGUGAUGGGUUUCUCUUGUCUGAGAAUCAGCGGGCGAUGAGGUAUGACCCGGAGGUGUUAGGGAUUCUUGAGGAGGUCGAGAUAAGAUGGUUAUUCGACCAAUUCACUCGACUUCUCAGUCCGUUAAUCGUUCUCCUGGAUCCUGAACUACAUACCCUCGCCUUCGUAAGGGAAGAACAACCAACCCUCUUCCUCGCCAUAAUGUUCGCCGCAACCAGGUUCUUCCACCCAACAGCCCAUCCUCUUAUCAAACAACUCCUCGAGACCAAGAUCUCCGAAUCGACCAAGACCGGGAACUGCCACAUCGCCACCAUCCAGGCUAUCAUCAUCUUGGUCUUUUGGCAAGAACCUAAAGAUCGGUCGGUCUGGUUAAAGUCCGGGUUGGCAAUCCGGAUGGCGUAUCAAGCUGGGUUAAACAGGACGCCGGGGAUGUCGACGUUGAAUAGGAGCAUUUCGGAUAUUCGGCGAUUGAGAGUUUGAUUUGUGAGUCAAAUCAGCAAGCGUCCAGAAUCUCAGAGGACAUGGUACUGAACCUCGUAUGUCGCUGACAGGCGUCGAUCGGUAGUGAGAUCGUAAUGCGGCCAAUUCUACUGCAUGUCGAUCGCUGAAGUCCGAGCAGUCACAUCUUCAAGAUGUCGUCUGCCAUUGCUAGCGACCUGACUGGCUUGCGAGAAUGGGCGGAAGCCG